AUGCCUCCUGCAACCGGACACGAUAUUUUGGCCGAUGUCAAGGACGCCAUACAUUUCAUCUCUUCUAGUUUGCAUUUGGAUAUGGCUUCGCAUCUCUUAGAAUCACAUCGUCCUUCUGUGUUUGGAUUCAAAGUGGAUCCGGACGCCAUCGCCGUAAUGGGCACCAGUGCCGGGGGUCUAUGCGCAUAUCUGGCUGCUGCACAUGCCGUACCAAAACCGAAGGCAGUCCUCUCUAUGUAUGGUAUGGGAGGCAACCUAUUGACGUCCCAGUAUUUCUCUCCGAAGACAACAGCAUUCUUUCGAGGUCGAGAGCUGCUUGAUUCAGCUAACUUCCGGGACUACUUAUACCCUGCUUCUGAAAUCCUAGCCCAAACAUCAGAUUCUGCUCUCAUAUACCACUCACAAACAUCUGCAACACCGGGAUAUCCAGCCAAUCCUCGCAUGCUACUAGCGAGACUUUAUCUCCAGCUAGGCACCUUCAUGGACUAUUAUACGGGAUGCCAUGAUCCUAGUCUGAGUGCUGCACUGCGAAGUGCGGCUACUCGCCAAGUCAAUGUUUCUUCUGCGGUCAUCGAAGACGCGAUACCCGCGGAACACCUUUCCUUGUUUCCCCAGUUGCAGAUCGGGUCUACUUGGCCCCCUACCUUCCUCAUCCAUGGUUCUUUGGAUUCUGCAGUCCUUAAGGAUGAAUCUUGCCAUCUGUAUCACUUGCUACAACGCGCCGGGGUUGACGCGAAGUUGAAAAUCAUUGAUAGCGAGGAACAUUCUUUUGACUAUCAAAAGGAUGCCGAAGAGAAAUACGGCCAGGAAGGCGGACUCUUCGAUGAGAUAGCCGAAUUCGUAAUCUCGCACGUCCGAUUAUAA